AUGUUACAUGAAUUGUUACUGGCAUUGUGGGGUUACCCUACAAGUUUAGGGGAAAUUUUUAAAAAUGAUGCAAUAUUGCUGGAUAAAUAUUUUCAUCCUUCUGAGAGAGGGCUGAUAAAACAAAUAUUAAAAAUUGCUGAUGAUUUUAAUAAUAUUAAAAAAUUUAUCAAAAUUUAUUCUACAGCCCAUGCUGAUUUGGAAAAUGCUAAUGAACAAGAUCCAUUGAACAGAGGAUUAUAUUUGCAAGCACUUUGCAAUGGCAUGGACCAAGCAUUGGAGCCAUUCAGAACAGAAAUUGUUGAACUGGAAAAAUGUAUUGCGAAAAAUGCUCAUACUCCAGCCACUGUUAUUUUAUCUCGAGUUGAAAAUUAUAAAUUUUUAUUCAAUAUUCUCAAUAAUAUAAUUCGUAAGAUAAAAACACAAAGAAUCCACGGAUGUUCAUUACUGCAAUGUAUUUACGAAUUAAUGAACACAGAAAUAAUUGAAGUUAAAGUAGCGCUGCAAAAAAUGAUGCAGUCACUUCAUAUGAUUUUUUACAAGCAAUUAACAAGUUGGCUUUUGUACGGACGCUUGGAGGAUACUUACAAGGAAUUCUUCAUCCAAAAAAAAGAAACUGCCCAAGAAAGUUUGUUGUUUGCCGAUAAUAAAGACGGCUCAGGUGAAAUAAAAAAUCACAAUGACAUGUGGAAUUACGAUAUUGAUGUCAAUAUGUUGCCUUCGUACAUAACUUUUACAUUAGCUGCUAAAAUAUUGUCAAUUGGCCAAACAAUUAUUAUUUUUGGUAAUGAUCCACGGGGUGGAAAAGAUUUUUUUGUCACAGAUAAACCGGCAUCAACAGUUUGGGGUGAAAAGGAGCACGAGUACUUUAAAAAACUUCGGAGCCUUCAAAUGAAACCCGUGUUUAAUGUAAUUGAGUUUGAAAACACAAUUGACGAGUUGAAGAAAUGCGUUACCAAGCUUUUGUGGCAUAUUGUAGUCGAAGAUGCUCAACUGCUUCAGCAAUUGAAGUACAUCAAGGAUUUCUAUCUCAUUGGACGAGGCGAUUUGUUUUUAGAUUUUAUAAAAUUAACGUCUCAUAUACUCAGCAAACCGCCUACAAAUCAUACUUCCAGAGAUUUGAACGUAGCGUUUCGCAUGGCUGUCAGGAAAAUUAUGCUAAAUGAUGAAGGAGCGAUCGACGAUUUCAAUUUUUCAGUACCGCGAUAUUGGUGUGCUACAACUAAGAAACAAUUUAAUAUUCAUUCUCGACAACCUCCAAUACUAUUUGCAAGUUGAUGUACUGGAAAGCCAGCACGCAGUUAUGGAGAAUCGUAUGAAGAGUACUGAAAACUUUGAAGAUGUACAAACAGCCCACUCAGUUUUCUUAGCCAACGUACUUUCCCAAACAUUUCUGGCUAGCAGCAACGAGAAGCAUAAGAACCCGGUGAAUAAUUUAAUCCGCUUGUUAUUGCGUCUUUGUGACGAUUUUAUUCUUCAAGCUUCCAUUUGGGAAGUUAACAAGCUCUUGAGCACGGAAAAAGAAGAAUUGAAGGCACUGACAGACACACUGAGUACGAUUAUGGAUUUGCUGAUAAAAACUCUGAAUAAAGUUCGCGCUCAACCGAGUGGUGUACAUCUAGCGCAAUUAUUACUCCGCCUUGAUUUCAACAGAUGGUUCAGUAUGCAAAUGUAA